AUGGGCAAUUUUGCUUUGUUUGAUCAAACGAAACCUGUCGAAACAAAACGGAGGAAGACGUCGCAGUUUUCUCACGACAUGGCGUGCAGAGCUGUAGCACCUCUGCUGACGCUUGCUGCUCUUCUCAUCGGCUUCCUCUCGCCGGUGACUCCCGCGAAGACAGCUCACGGCUUCCGCGCCACCCUCGCUCGCGUCCACCAGCAUCCCGGCAACUACGCCGCCGCGGCACGUCGCGACGCGCGCCGCCUCGCGCUGCUUUCGCACCGGGCCCCCAUGGGAGGCGCGCCGACGACCACGAGCUCCGUCUCCGCCUCUUCCUGCCAUGGCCUCCUCGAGGCGCUAGCGGAGAACGGCGCAGGGGCGUACCACAUGAUCCUGUCCGUCGGCACGCCGCCCCUGGCCUUCCCGGCCAUCAUCGACACCGGCAGCGACCUCACCUGGACGCAGUGCGCGCCGUGCACCACCGCGUGCUUCGCGCAGCCCACGCCGCUGUACGACCCGGCGCGCUCCUCCACGUUCUCGAAGCUCCCCUGCGCGAGCCCCCUGUGCCAGGCCCUGCCGAGCGCCUUCCGCGCGUGCAACGCCACCGGCUGCGUCUACGACUACCGCUACGCCGUUGGAUUCACCGCCGGGUACCUCGCCGCGGACACGCUAGCCAUCGGGGACGGGGACGGGGACGGGGACGCUUCGUCGUCGUUCGCGGGCGUCGCGUUCGGGUGCAGCACGGCGAACGGCGGAGACAUGGACGGCGCGUCGGGCAUCGUCGGGCUCGGGCGCAGCGCGCUGUCCCUCCUGUCGCAGAUCGGCGUCGGCCGGUUCUCGUACUGCCUCCGCUCCGACGCGGACGCCGGCGCCAGCCCGAUCCUGUUCGGCGCGCUGGCGAACGUGACCGGCGACAAGGUGCAGUCCACGGCGCUCCUCCGGAACCCCGUGGCGGCGCGACGACGCGCCCCGUACUACUACGUGAACCUCACCGGCAUCGCGGUCGGCUCGACCGACCUCCCUGUCACCAGCAGCACGUUCGGGUUCACGGCGGCCGGCGCGGGCGGGGUGAUCGUGGACUCCGGCACGACGUUCACGUACCUGGCCGAGGCAGGGUACACGAUGCUGAGGCAGGCGUUCCUGUCGCAGACGGCCGGCCUGCUGACGAGGGUGAGCGGCGCACAGUUCGACUUCGACCUCUGCUUCGAGGCCGGUGCCGCCGACACGCCCGUGCCGAGGCUGGUGUUUCGCUUUGCGGGCGGCGCGGAGUACGCCGUGCCGCGGCAGAGCUACUUCGACGCCGUCGAUGAGGGAGGGAGAGUGGCGUGCUUGCUGGUGCUGCCGACGAGGGGCGUGUCCGUGAUAGGCAACGUCAUGCAGAUGGAUCUGCACGUGCUUUACGAUCUCGACGGCGCGACCUUCUCCUUCGCGCCGGCGGAUUGCGCUAGCCUUUGAUUUUGUUGUUCAUUCACAGCUCCAAAAUUGUAUAUAUGUCGUUUCAUGCAUCUUGCGCGAACUAUUGCUUUUUAUCCUAUGGGUUGCCCAUUUAUUCAGGUGUUUUCUUUUCUUU